AGAUAAAGAGGAAGUUGUCUUAUGGAUGAAUACUGUUGGGCCCUACCAUAAUCGACAAGAGACUUACAAAUACUUUUCACUUCCAUUCUGUGUGGGAUCAAAAAAAAGUAUUAGUCAUUACCAUGAAACUCUUGGAGAAGCACUUCAAGGAGUUGAAUUGGAGUUUAGUGGUCUGGAUAUUAAAUUCAAAGAUGAUGUGAUGCCAGCAACUUACUGUGAAAUUGACUUAGACAAAGAAAAGAGAGAUGCAUUUGUGUAUGCUAUAAAAAAUCACUACUGGUACCAGAUGUAUAUAGAUGACUUACCAAUAUGGGGUAUUGUUGGUGAAGCAGAUGAAAAUGGAGAAGAUUAUUAUCUUUGGACUUACAAAAAACUUGAAAUAGGUUUUAAUGGAAAUAGAAUUGUUGAUGUUAAUCUAACUAGUGAAGGAAAGGUCAAACUGGUUCCAAAUACCAAGAUCCAGAUGUCAUAUUCAGUAAAAUGGAAAAAGUCAGAUGUGAAAUUUGAAGAUAGAUUUGACAAAUAUCUCGAUCCAUCUUUUUUUCAGCAUAGGAUUCAUUGGUUUUCAAUUUUCAACUCCUUCAUGAUGGUUAUCUUCUUGGUGGGCUUAGUGUCAAUGAUUCUAAUGAGAACUUUGAGAAAAGAUUAUGCCCGGUACAGUAAAGAAGAAGAGAUGGAUGACAUGGACAGAGACCUCGGAGAUGAGUAUGGAUGGAAGCAGGUGCAUGGAGAUGUGUUCAGACCCUCAAGUCAUCCCCUGAUAUUUUCCUCUCUCAUUGGUUCUGGGUGUCAGAUAUUUGCUGUAUCUCUCAUUGUUAUUAUUGUUGCAAUGAUAGAAGACUUAUACACAGAGAGGGGAUCAAUGCUUAGUACAGCCAUAUUUGUUUAUGCUGCUACAUCUCCAGUGAAUGGUUACUUUGGAGGAAGUCUUUAUGCUAGACAAGGAGGAAGAAGAUGGAUAAAGCAGAUGUUUAUUGGGGCAUUUCUGAUCCCUGCUAUGGUUUGCGGCACUGCCUUCUUCAUCAAUUUUAUAGCCAUUUAUUACCACGCUUCAAGAGCAAUUCCUUUUGGAACAAUGGUGGCUGUUUGUUGCAUUUGUUUUUUUGUUAUUCUUCCUCUGAAUCUUGUUGGUACAAUACUUGGCCGAAAUCUGUCUGGUCAGCCCAACUUUCCUUGUCGUGUCAAUGCUGUGCCUCGUCCUAUACCAGAGAAAAAAUGGUUCAUGGAGCCUGCAGUUAUUGUUUGCCUGGGAGGAAUUUUACCUUUUGGCUCAAUCUUUAUUGAAAUGUAUUUCAUCUUCACCUCUUUCUGGGCAUAUAAGAUCUACUAUGUCUAUGGCUUCAUGAUGCUGGUGCUGGUUAUCCUGUGCAUUGUGACCGUCUGUGUGACCAUUGUGUGCACGUACUUCCUACUCAAUGCAGAGGAUUAUAGGUGGCAAUGGACAAGUUUUCUCUCUGCUGCAUCAACUGCAAUCUAUGUUUACAUGUAUUCCUUUUACUACUAUUUUUUCAAAACAAAGAUGUAUGGCUUAUUUCAGACAUCAUUUUACUUUGGCUAUAUGGCGGUAUUUAGCACAGCCUUGGGAAUAAUGUGUGGAGCAAUUGGUUACAUGGGAACAAGUGCCUUUGUCCGAAAAAUCUAUACUAAUGUGAAAAUUGACUAGAGACCCAAGAAAACCUGGAACUUUGGAUCAGUAUGUGUUUCUAGGAGAGGAACUUGCACAGAAAAAAAGCGCAAGAAGAGAUUUGGGCUUUAACCUGGGUACUUAGUGGGUCUCUGUUUCAUGGAUGGCUUAAAGUAACAUCUAUUUCCAUUGAUCCUAGGUUCUUACUGACUGCUUUCUCCAACUGUUCACAGCAAAUGCUUGGAUUUUAUGCAGUAGGCAUUACUACAGUACAUGGCUAAUCUUCCCAAAAACUAGCUCAUUAAAGAUGAAAUAGACCAGCUCUCUUCAGUGAAGAGGACAAAUAGUUUAUUUAAAGCAUUUGUUCCAAUAAAAUAAUAGAGAGAAACUUGGAUGCUAAGAUUACAUCAAUAGAAAUCUUCCUGGCACUUAGUGUUUCUACGUUAUUGAAAAAUAAUGUUCCAGAAAGAUUACUUUUUUCUCUUAUUUUUACUGCCAUCAUCAACCUAUUGUGGGACAUUUUUAUGUAUUGAAUCUGGGUUCCUUUUUGAGUUCUUUUCCCCCCUCUACCAAUUCAACUGCAUCCUUUUUUAAAAGAAAGAAUUUAAAAAUAUUAAUUCCUGCAUGUAAUAUAUCUACUUUCAUCUUAGUUGGACCAACUUCCCAUUUAUUUAUCUUAAAACUGUCCAGUUAACAUCUGAUUCCAUCCAAAGAAGAUCCAGUCUGAAGAUAGAGAUGUACUCUACUCUCUACAAUGCAGUUUACUGUACAGUUAGAAAGCAAAGUGUUAAAUGGAGGAGAUACUUGUUUUUAUUAAACAUUUUGAGAUUUAGAUAAAACAGCAUUUUAACUGACUGUCUAAAAUGAUUAUCUUUUUUUUUUUUUUUUUUAAAUUUUCCCUGGAACUUAGUCUUACAGCUUUUCUGGGUCUGAAUGAAGGCUUUACAUAAAAAAGAAAAAAAAUGUUAAAAACAUAAAGGGUGGGUGCAAACAUGUAUAUAACAUUAAAUAAUGUAACGUAGGUGUAGAUUCCCAGAUGCAUUUGGAUGUACAGAUUGACUACAGAGUACUUUUUUCUGAUGAUGAUUGGUGUAGAAAUGUGUGAAUUGGGUGGCUUUUUACAUCUUUGCCUACCAUUGCAUGAAACAUUGGGGUUUCUUGAACAUGUGUGUGUCAUACUUAUUUUGGGAUGGGAGAUUGUUUUUUGAUUUUUUUUUUUUCUUUUCUUGAGACUCCUGUUGGAGCUAUAUUUGUAAUUUAGAAACACUUAAUUUUGUUAAUUCUGUCUGGGACAUUAAAGUAACAUCUAAAGCAGUCAUGCUUUAGAAUGUUAAAAUAAAAUUUCCUGACCAAAUUAUUUUGUGAAAAUAGAUGUGUUUGCAGUUUGAAAAUACCUGUUCACAAGGCAAUACCACUGAUUGUCAGUUUUAAAAAUAGAGAUUAUGUUUUUCCACUACAGGGAGCCAUAUUUUAUAACCCUCAAACUUACAUCUAGAUUAUAGAAUAUAGUGAUAAAGUGAGUGGCAAACCCUUCUUGAAAUGUGGCACAAAAUCUGUUCAGGUUGGUGUACCAUGUGAAAGUACAGAUCAGGUCAGAGUGGGCAGCUUUUAUUGGAUGAGCAAAUAAAGGAUAUUGUUUUCUCAGA